AUGGCCAGCCAGCUGGAGCCACCACCUGGUGGUAAGACUGUCCUCAUCUUCGGUUGUCAAUGUGUCUCGUUCAAUAUCGACGACUUCCACCGUCUCCGGGCCACUGUCCUGGGUACACCAGAGCAUCACUGGGUCCAAGAUGUUCUAUCGGAGCUGCCAGUAUACUACCGCACAGCAGCCACUACAUAUGUCCAGAAAUUGCAGAACAUUCCUGGGACACAGCAGCUCCGCGAUUUAGCUGAAUGGUUCCGCACAGGACUGGUGCCGACAGACAGCUUUCCGUUGCCGUAUAUCCAACUUGCCCCACUAUUAAUGAUAGCCCAUUUCACGGAAUACUGGCAAUAUCUUGGCCUUAGGCACCCUAAAGGCCCGAUAUUUGGCAAUGAGCCAUUGAUGGAAAGCUCGGUCGUGGAGAUCGUGGGGUUUUGUAUUGGGUUCCUAAGUGCUACUGUCGUUUCUGCCGCUAGCAACCAGGAGAAAUUAUCGAAAUAUGCCGCUGUUGCCCUGAGGCUAGCAACACUAAUGGGCGCUAUUGGUGAUGCGCAGGAGAGGGACGAGGAGUAUACCUCGCUUGCAACGGCCUGGAAAGCUGAGGACCUCGAAAAAAGGUUGCCACUGAUUUUGGAGGCAUUCCCGGAGUCGUAUGUCACGGUACGCUUCGACACCAACCGGGUCACUAUCAUGACACCGCGUCAGACCAUUAAGCAGCUAGAAGAGGCAUUGCAAUCAGCCGGAUUCAAUACUACGCAAGUCGAAUUCAAUGGCAGAUACCACUGGGCUGGCAAUGAGGAUAUAGUGCAUGCACUGAGCCGAAUGUGCGAUAGUGAUCCAGCCUUGCAAUUACAUGAUUCCUCACAAUCAGUUGUUCCCAUACGGCCAGAUAUAUCAAUGGACACUCCUCGUGGAGGUCCUCUCCAUGAGCUAGUAUUACGGUCAAUCCUAGCACAACAGUGUCAAUGGCUUGGCACAUUCUUCAGCGUAUACCAAGCUCACCUGGAAGAUACUUCAUCACUAAUCAUUGAAUUUGGACCAGAACGGUGCAUCCCGCCUACGUAUAUGCGUAAGCUACGCGGACGCACUGUGCACUUUGCGGAUCUCGAUCUAAACCCACUCUCACGGAUUUCGCCUCUACACCAAACACCACAGACCUAUGAUAGCGACAUUGCUGUAGUUGGCAUGGCCUGUCGCGUAGCGGGCGCGGAUGAUGUGGAGGAGUUCUGGAAGUUACUAUGUUCCGGGGAGUCACAGCAUGAAAAAAUGCCCAUAGAGCGAUACCGGAACUAUGAGACACCAUGGAGGCCGAGUGCCAUCAAACCUUGGUUUGGGAACUUUGUCCGGGACAUAGACGCGUUCGACCAUAAAUUCUUCAAAAAGGUGCCACGGGAGGCAAUGUCCCAAGAUCCUCAGCAACGACUGCUGUUACAAGUCGCGUACCAAGCCGUGCAACAGUCGGGGUACUUCCAUCAUCCCAAUGUUAACCAGAAUAUCGGGUGCUACAUUGCGUCCUGCACGGUGGACUAUGAACACAAUGUCAAUUGUAACCCAGUUUCUGCAUAUUCGGCAACUGGGCUACUUCGAAGUUUCAUGGCUGGUAAACUGAGCCACUACUUUGGUUGGCGGGCCCCGCAUUUUGUGUUGAUAGCGCAUGUUCCGGGUCCGCUGUCGCACUUCAUCAAGCGUGUCAAUCUAUAA